AUGUUCAGAAAACCCCACAUCACCGCCCUGCCCCGCCCCCUACCGGAGGACGAGUCUCCAUCUUCGCCAGUACCAGUGCCAGUUCCGCAGACAAAUGCUGUCGCCAAUAGUGGCCAAAUACCGAUAACCUCCUCGCCACCUUCACCGAAGAGGCAAAAGAUAGCACCAGAACCGACACGAACCCCGGCGAAGACUCCUGGAAAGACGACGGGGAAACCGAAGCAAUCGUUGUUGACGCCUUAUGCAGUCGGGAAUGGGAAGAAGAUGGCAUUCAAACCGGCGACGUCUACGGGAAAGUCAGGGGUGAAGAAGAGUGGGAAUACCUCCAUUUUAAGUUUCUUCAAGCCCGCUACACCAACGGCAGACGUGAAGACUCCGGCAAAGGGCUUAGUGAAAGGCAUCAAGGCGGCAAUUGUAGUGAAGGGUGAGCAGAAUGACGACCUGUUCAUUCGGCACGGAGGCUACGAGCUCGACCUUUCAGAGCCCGAGGAUGAAGAUGAUGGCGAUGAUAGUGCUUGGUCGGUAGAGCGUACUCUGGCGGGGGAGCUUCAAUUGGCGAAAGGAGAUGACGAUUUGUACUCCUCGCCAGUGAGAGUAAAGCAUAGCCGACCUUGGCCACCCUCUGCCGACAAUAAGGAAGACGAUGAGCUUGAUGUGGCCAUGAUGGACGAAAUCGAAUCGACCGCGCCCCCGACAGACACAUUGCCCGGAAAUCCUCUGUCAGCCGGUGCAGAGACUCUAGACAGUAAGGCGCCGGGAUCUCCGCCAAAAUUCAAUCCAGAAAGCCUGAAACUCGAUGGUUCGAGAUCUUUUCUAUUUUCAAAGAAAGGGUCUACAACCACCCCCUUUAAGAAAUUGAAGCAAACAAGACCAGGAAGCUCUUCCGGCUCAAGUACAGAGGAAGUCGGGUCAAACGGCCAAGAAGAUGGGGACACAGCGUUGAUUGACGAGGGGGCAGACAGGAGUAUUGGAGAGUUCGCUUCGAAAAGGGCCGAAGAUCGGAAAUCUGAGAAAAUUCCAUCUAAAAGAACUCGAGAACAAGCAUUCAUGGAAGAAACGACAGAGACUACAGAAGUACCGAGCGAUAGCCCUAUGAAGGAAGGCGUUGAGGAUGGUUCACCUUCGGAAGUUGAGGCAAAACUAGAAGACUGCAAUGUCACCCCUAAAGCCCGCAAAAGAGAAGGCAGUGCAUUUGAAGAGGAGGAAUAUGAAGAUAUUGAUGAUUUCUCUGAAGAACCGAACUUCGAGGAACAAGAAGCUUUCAGAUUUGAUCCUGCCUCUCGUGCAGAGGCUGGUUACGAAGACUUUGACGGCGACCUCGAAUACUUUGAGAGCCUUCCCAAAGCCGACGAGAUUGAAGACAGCACUCCCAGUGGGGCAGUUAAAUGCCCCAUCUGCGCAAUAAAUAUCGGAGCCUUGCUCGAAAAUGACAAAAACGACCACGUCAAUCACUGUCUUGAUGCGAAAGCCAAGCGUGGGCUUCUGCUGCAAAAGCAGAGCUCAAAGUGGUCUCACGGACCUAUCUACUGUUCUCGUGUCACGGCAAAUCUAGUAAGGAGUAAGCUGGGCGUGGACCCGAAAUACGUGCGCGAGCUUCCGUGGGAGGAGUGGACAGACUUUGGAGUAGAAGGAAUCAGAGUUAGAGGAUUAGAUGCGAAUCAUUGUCCGGGGAGUAUGCUAUUCUUAUUUGAAGAGACGAAGAAGGGAGGGAAACGAAUACUACAUUGUGGUGAUUUCCGGGCAAGCCCGGAACACCUGAGACAUCCGCUCCUAACACCCGGGGAAGAGGGACUAAAGGGCCAGAAAAUAGAUUUGGUAUACCUCGAUACAACUUAUCUAAACCCCAAAUAUGCAUUCCCAGCGCAGAACGGUGUUAUCGAAGCCUGUGCGACCAUGUGUGUGAAACUACAGAAAGAAGCAGAAACUGGAGUCGAAGAACCCAUAACUGGGAAGAAUUCCACCAUGGGAAGCUUCAUGACCGGCGCCAACCACGCACCGAGCAAGAAAAAGGGCCGUCUCUUAAUCAUAGUCGGUACAUACAGCAUCGGAAAAGAGCGCAUCUGCCUCGGAAUUGCCAAAGCCCUCGGCACCAAAAUCUUUGCUCCACCCAACAAACUUAAGAUCUGCCGCCAGCUCGAAGACCCCAUCCUUGAUAACCUCCUCACAAGUAAUCCCCAUGAAGCACAAGUCCACAUGACCCCACUCAUGGACAUCCAGAUCGAGACCCUCCAGGAGUAUCUCAACACGUUUAAACCCCAUUUUGACCGCAUUGUUGGCUUUCGGCCCUCGGGGUGGAACUAUAGACCCCCCAACUCCCGCCUCACAGACUCACCGGCCGUCAAUACGGUGCUGUAUGGCGCGGCGUGGAGAAGCGAGUAUAGCACGGAGGAGAUGACGCCGAUGAGAGGGUCUGGGAGGGAGGUCAAAUGCUUUGGCGUACCGUAUAGUGAACAUAGCAGCUUUAGGGAGCUGUCUAUGUUUAUCUGUGGGCUGAACGUGGUAAAGGUAAUCCCGACGGUCAAUAUAGGGAGCGCGAAGCGGAGGGACGAAAUGAAGGUUUGGAUACAAAAGUGGGAAGUGGAGAAGAGGAAGAAUGGGCUGUUUGGUGUUGGCGGCGGGAAGGGGAAGUGGUGA